CAACGGACGUAUUAACAUCGUUCGAAAUUCGAACACGCGAGUUUUAAAAAUCGAAAACGGAUAAAGGUUUAAUAAAUUUAAUAUCGCGUGUUGUGAUUUGGGACGUGUAGUGUGAAAGUUUUUUCGCUGCGAAGUGUACACUUGUUUUUGACUUUGUUGUUUGUGCCAAAUUGUUAUAGAUGAAAAUAACCUUUGAACAUUUUCGGUCGAGGACGUUUAACUAACAUUAUUUCUUGGACGGUUUAGAAAUUAUGUGAUCAAUUUUAUUUCUAGCAAAUUUCAGAUUCAAUUAAUCCGAGCAAAACCGUAUUAAUGCCGACAAAGAUUAAGGGAGUUCCAGAAGGUUGUGUUGCUAAAACCAAAUGGCAUUUUACUAUAUUCCCAAGUGAAUUUUGAUUUUCGAAGUGGUUCAAAAAGUGGCGUUUGAUAUGUGUUAGUUGUCUUAAUGGUGUGGCAAAUACGAAUGCCGGCGAAGGGGCCUCUAGGCCGGCAGGUCAAUGACAUCGCCGGCACUUCUUGUGCUUUCUCUGUUCCUCGUUUUCUCCGUCAUCGGAUUAACGUCGCUACAAACAGUUCAUGACAACAAUACAAAACAAGAAAACAUUAAUUCAUUAGUUAAAGAAGUAAUAAUGAAGAAUCUAACAAUGGAAACUUUAAGGACCAAGAAACUAGAUAAUAGAUAUAUAAGCUUUGAUGAAAAUAUCGAAGAACUUAGAAAUAAUUUAACAUAUAGAAAUGACGAUAUAUACACUGCCGAUCUUAUAUUUAGUAAAUUUAAUAUAAAGAAAUUACAUAAUAUAAGUGAUAAACGAAAUAUUGUACGAAGGAACGAAGGGAGUAGAAUUCUAAGAGAAAUUCUAAGACCAAGGAGACGAUUUAAGAGAGAAGAGGAUUCAGAACGAUGUGAAACUUUCUACUAUCAAAAAGAUAGGACACAAAUAAGUCAUCCAUAUUCAAAAAAUGAUACAAACAAACUAUAUUACGGUGAUAUAGAUUGUACAACCACUAUUGAAGGGCCUGAAGGAAGUGUGAUAAAAUUAACAUUCGUUGAUAUUUUUCACAUAGAAGACCACCCGGACUGUGCUUAUGACUUUUUAGAAAUACGAGACGGUGAGAAAGGAUAUUCAAAUACUCUAGGAAAGUUUUGCGGCGAGAACUUCCCUCCACAAAUUACCACAACGGGACCCUUCGCCUGGCUAAAGUUUCACUCCGACGGGACGAUAGAAUACGAAGGUUUCCAUAUAACUGUAGACAUUAUACAAUCGCCUAGCAAUAGUCAUAAAAUACCGGAUAGCUGUUUUAAAAACUUGACGGGUCCAGAAGGCUAUGUUAAUACGACAAGUAUCGAUGAAAAUUGCAAACGAGGAAGCGAGGGCCAUCCAUUAGAUGUAUUAUGGAGGAUUGAAACUGACGAAAAUACUAAGAUAUAUCUUAACUUUACGGGAUACAAUUUAAAUAAACCUAACGAAUGUGAACAAAAUGCGGUGCAAGUUUUCGGACAUAAAACUGAAGAGAAAUACAGAUUGGCGUAUUAUUGUGGUUCAAUAGCGAAUCCAGUAACAACUAAAGAUACAGAGGGAAAUGAAAAAGGGAAUAUAAUGCAUGUUCGUUUGUACGCAACUAGUUCAGGGAAGAACUCAGAUUUUAGUGCGAGAUACACAGCGUUUAGAAGCCUAGAUCCGAAUAGAGAUGAGAAAUGCAGCGCUACAGAAUUCCAUUGCGGCGACAAUACGUGUAUAAACGCGGGCCUAGAGUGCGACGAUUACGCUCACUGCAGAUUGAAAGCGGACGAGGAAAACUGUAAGCACACGACUGAAUCAAUGAUUAGCAAAUUACAUAUAAUAGUUAUUCUUGUAAUAUUUUCUUUGAUAUUAUCAGGAAUGAGUUUUGUAUUUAUAUUCAAAUGUAUAAGAAAAUUGUAUCAAGACCAUAAAAUAAUUAAGGAACAUAUCAGACAAUCUUGCGAGGAUAGAUUGGACAGUUUAGUCAGCAGUCGACUGACGCUCGACGCUAAACGUCUACAAAGAGACAGCCAACCACGAGCUAGUCUGGAAAGGGAAAACCAUACUAAUGAAAUGUAUAAGAAACAACGGAAAUAUUCUCAACGUAAGCAAAGUAGUAUCGAAUCGGAUUUUGUACAAGAAACACAUUUAGACAUGGAUGAAGAGAUCUGGCGUAAAGAUGUGCCUAACGUACCAAUACAAACAGAAGAUGUGCAUAUAGAACGUAAUGGUAGAUCGAGGAGGAGUGAUCUGAGUAGAAAAGAAGAGUCAAUUAGGAGUAGAACAAGAGAGAGUGAAGAGAGGAAAGAGAUUCGAGAUGUGUCCGUCGGUGCGCCGGACACAAAGGAAUCAGGAUGUCAGACGAGAGAGAGUUUAUUCCAGGACGCUCCUCCUAGCUCGGACGGUUCAGGUACAACGAACAGUAGAGGUUUCUCGACCUUCGGUUACUCAGGUGCUACGAUAGUGCGGCCAUCCUCUCCGCCGACACAAACGAACACAUCACAAAUCACUAUAGAACUUCUCAAGCAAAUGCCACAGAAACAGGAUUCUAAACAACUUAAGAAGAUUUCCGAUCGACGUCCGAUAAGUGCGGAAACCACACGUUCUGCCCCUGACGUCAUAAUAGUCUCCAAACCGAUUCGCUGAGACUGACAUUUGGGGCCCCCACCGUGGGCCCCAACACCGCCAGACUGCUGGCCACACCCCAAAGAACCUAGGACAUGUCCUGAGGGUUCCUAUCAACCAUACGUGUGUACAGAUUACUGUAGAAAUUUUGAUACUUACGAAGGAUAUUAUAGCCAACAUUUUCUUGAAGGACCAAAAUAUGAAUAUUGUUUAAAAAGUGAUUUAAAAUGCAGUAAAUCGAAAACUUUACCGAGAAACUUAGGUUCUUCUGUAGAGUCAAAGACUAAAGUGUUUCCGCACAGAAGUGUUUAUUUCUACGGCAUAGACGAAGAGCCAAGAAGAUUGACUAAAACUAUAUUAGUUAAAGCGGAUAUUGAAGUACCUAGAUAAAAAUCCCCAAUUUAAUAGACAUGUGAUAAGAUAGAUAAUAAAAUUGUUUUUUUUUUAAUGUAGAGUUUUAAUAAUUAUAUUUUAAUAAAAU